AUGGAUAAUAAGUCUUAUCCUGUGAUGCUCACUCUUAUGGUGCCCAAAGAAUCAAAAUCAUUUCGACAUGCGUAUUUCACUUGUUUUCUUUUCCUCUAUUUGCUUAUAUUGUCAAUUAAUUUUCGACUUGUUUCAGUUAUUGUCAUGGUGAAAUCUCUUCACGAACCAAUGUUUAUAUUCUUGAGUCAUCUCUGUGUGAACGGAGUAUAUGGAGCCUCAGGAUUCUACCCGAAAAUUUUAUCUGAUCUAAUCUUGGAUUCAUAUGUGAUCUCCUCUUACAUGUGUGCUCUGCAAACCUUUGUUAUCUACAGCUCUUUAGUUACUGAGGUUACAAUAUUAACAGUCAUGUCAUAUGACAGAUAUGUAGCCAUAUGCAGACCUUUGGAUUAUCAUUCCAUAUUGAAUAAAAGCACUUGUUGCAAAUUCAUUUUUGUUUGUUGGAUUGUACCCAACUGCUGUGUGAUUCCAGCAGUCGUGUUAUCAAAUCUGAGGACAUUUUGUAAAAACCACAUUGACAAAUUAUAUUGUGACAACUGGUCAAUUGUAAAACUGUCUUGUGCAUCAUCUUUUGUUAAUAAUAUUUACGGCUAUGUUUUUGCUGUCAUAUUUGUAUGCUGUGCAUUUAUUAUUAUACUGUCCUAUGUUAAACUCAUUGCUGCCUGUAAAACAUCUCUAGAAAAUAGAAGAAAAUUUUGGCAAACAUGUUUACCACAUGUACUAUCACUGAUAAAUUUCACCUGUGCUGUGCUUUUUGAUAUCAUGUACAGCAGAUAUGGUGCAAAUGACAUUCCAGAUAGUUUGCGUCAUUUUUUGGCUUUAGAACUGAUUAUUGUUCCACCUAUUUGUAAUCCUGUAAUCUAUGGAUUAAAUAUUAAGACACUGCGCAGAAGAGCUAUUCCCUCAUGUAAUGCAGAAAAUGCACAUAUUUAA